UGAGCCAACUCAUUUGUUUAUUUAUGUUGUCGAUAAAAAAAAAUGUGAGUUUACGUGUGUGUGGUCGUAAUACUACAUCAUAGCUAUGCUAGGUUGAAACAUUUAAUAAUGUUACGUGAAAUGAUUUAAACACCAGUCAAUCUUCCCUCUUGUCGACAAGAGACUAACAGCCAAACUCACUCAGUCCCUGUGGAGUGAGAGACCAUGGGCCGGCUGGAUGAAGCCGCCAAACACAAGGUGGUGGAGCUGCGGAAGGCUGGUCUCAGUUUCCGUAAGAUCAAAGCUGUGCUGGAGCUGGAGAACAUCAAGGUGUCUGCCCAGGCCAUCUACCUGUUCCUGAGGGAGUUUCAAGGGAGGCCGCCAGGGAGGGUUAGACCCAUAGAGGCUGGAAGCAGCACAUCACCUGCACAGGUGCAGCCUCGAGCCGGGCCAAUACAAGAGAGCUGGAGUAACGUCCGUCUUCAAAAUCUUCUGCGGGAGGCAUCUCACCAUGCCGGCUUUACAGCAGCUGCAAAUUUUGCCAAACAGACGUCCACAAAUCCAGAUACUGGGGCAACGCCAUCCGGGUCCGGGGAGAGCAGUGGAGGCAGCAGGCCGGAACAGCAGCAGGAGGGAGAUAAGGAAGAAAAUGACAUCCAGAUUGUUAGUGUCACCUCCCUUGCACAGAGCAGCCAACAAAGAGGUCCCCAGUCCACUGUAACAAGAGCAGAGGCGAGUGCUGUGUCUUCCACACAAACAGCUUCUGCGGCAUCCAUGAGGAGGAGAGUUACGCCUUCUCCGGCCAUCAAUUCAAUGCUGGCGGCUCGAAAGAGGCUCUUGGAUAAAGCGCUGUCACACAGGAUGAAGUCGUUCCACCAGGUGGCAUCAUUGUUGAGGAGAGAUCACUCUAGUGUUCAAGGUGCUGAUGUGAGAAGUGCGAUGCCACAACCACCUGAAACUUACGAUCUGACAACUGAAAAGACUGUUAUGGAAGGCCAGUCUGGUGGAGGCAGUGCCCCCAGGCGUUUCCUCACACAGAGACCAGGUCUGUCUGUCCGUUCCCUUCACCCUCCCCCUCGGGUCGGCAUUCGUCUUCCUAACCGGUCACCGGCACCUUUAACAUCCUCAGCUCCCGGGGUUGCCGUCAUCCGUCUGCAGACCCCUGGAGGCCAGGGCGCCACUCGUAGUGACGGGAACCCGAGCCCCCAGCAGGCAGUCCAGGACACGGGAGGGAGAGGCGGCCUACAGGAACAGAUUCAGACCCUGGGCUCUGAAGUGCGCAGCUUGGGUCAGGCAGUGAAGAUGCUGGUGGAGCAGCAGUGCUGCCUUGAGAGGGAGCAGGCGCAGCAGACACACAUUCAGAAGCAGAUCCUCAGCACUCUACAGAGCCUCGCUGCCAAAUUGGGACGUUGUAGCGUUGUCCAGCAGCAGCACAACAAAACUCCAUCACCCUCUGGUUUGCCAACGGCGUCUGCAUCUACCUCUUUCAGCCAAGACACCUUCAACUUCAGUCAAGGCACAUACACUCAGUGCAGCCAAACCCAGCCAAGCUACAACUCGUUAGAGAGUUUAGAAAACGUAGAGGCCUUUAAACUGCCAGGACUGAGCCCUUCAAGCAUGAACGGGUUUCCACCAUGUAGCAACGCUGAUAACCUCACACUUACUCACACUCCCCCUCAAACACAACAAUAUGCAGCGGUGUACCCACAGCAAAACAGUCAAACACUCAUGCCACCCUACACACAGUCCUAUGUCCCCACAUACAGCCAGUCACAUUCUCAGACUUUCAGAGCAUCAGAAAGUAAAACUUCAGAUUACCCAAGCAGCUGCUCAGCAAGGACUCUCCAGGACUGCAGCGUGUCCACACAGCCGGUGAUGAACUCUAACCAUUCUUCACAGGAUCAGCAGAUCAAUAUUAUCAAAGUGGAAGGACCUUAAAGGCCUUCACAUGCCACACAGUGUUUUGGGACCAUAAGGGCUCGGAUGUGCUUUUUUUUAGGGUCAUUUUAGAGUAGUUAUUUAAGAGACUCAUGUUUUUACAAUGAACAUAUACUGUACAUUUCUUAAAUUAAUUAAUUUAAUUACAUUUUAACAGAGUACAAACAGCAAUAGGAUGCAGUG